AAUGGAUUGCAAAUAGAUGCUAAGAGUGUGAUUCAAAACAAUAAGAAUAAGCUACGGAGUAAUACGGAUUACGGAAUACUUCGUAUUAGUUUGAUAGAAUUAAAAACAACACCGCAAUUUGUCUAGGAGGCUGCCUGGCGGCAUAGUCCCCCGCCUAAUUGUUCUUGUAUGACAGCGAAUAAGCCAGGGAGAACUCAAGUGAUCCCUCGUGGCCUGUUUGGAUUGAGUGUUGAGGAGUGUUAGUAAUGAAAGUGUUAGUAAGUGUUGAUGUUAACAUUUGUUUCGGAGAAAAAUCCAGAGGUGUUAAGAAGUGUUAGUAAUGAUUAGGAAGUGACAAGUGUUAAUAAUAACCUUCCCAACACCUCAACACCCCGAUUUGGAGUGUUUUGAGAUGUUGAACAAUUAUUACCCUUCUCAUUUACCUGAAAAACAUAAAAUGUUUCGACAUUUCACUUCGAAUAUCUUUCCAACGGGUCUGAUGGUCUGCUUUUUUUCAUCUGUUCUCUUUACUCAUUUCUUUUGACUCAAGGUAAAAUUAUUAACAUAUUAUUAAUACUCCAUACUUCAUUCAUUUGACUCUCACAAAUAAGGUAAAAUUAUGUCUAACACUUACACUUUCCUCCCCUUUCGGACUUUUACUAACACUUACUAACGCUUCCGUUACUAACCCUUCCAAAAUCCAAACACUCCGUCCAAACAGGCUUCAUCGGGUGAUAUGUUCCUUUUCUGUUUCGACAAGCUACAGCUACCUGGAAAUUAGAACAUCUUUCUGACAAAAGAAUCGACUGUGAGUCCUCCAUCUGUUUCCAUAGUCAAGGUACACACUAGCGUACUGAUUUUUCUUCCUCAAAAUGAUCAUACUACGUAGCUGCACCAAGAGAUCAUGUUGCUUAAAGACAAAAUCAUUCACCAGAAUGUUCUGUUCAAAGGACACAACACAACUCAUGUUUGAUCCCAUGAAAAAGGUUUGUGACAUUUUGAUGUCUUGCCCGAAAUCAGGGCUUGACGCUGAGCUUGACCGGAGUGGGGUCAGGCCAUCAACAGAUCUGGUCGAAGAAGUGCUGAAGAGAUUUGACAAUGCUGGUAUGUUGGCUCACCGUUUCUUCGAGUGGGCAGGUAGACAACGGAACUACGAGCAUAGUGUCAGGUCUUAUCACAGCAUGAUUGAAUCCCUUGCCAAGAUUAGACAAUAUCAAGUAAUGUGGGAUCUUGUGAAUAUAAUGAAAGGAAAGGGUAUGCUAAAUAUUGAGACAUUUUGUAUAAUGAUGAGGAAGUAUGCGAGGGCAAAGAAGGUGGAGGAGGCGGUGUACACGUUCAAUGUGAUGAAGAAAUAUGAUGUCCCUCCCAACCUCGCGGCUCUCAACGGGUUGUUGAGCGCCCUUUGCAAAUCGAGAAACGUGAGGAAAGCGGAAGAGAUUUUCAAUGAUGUGAAAGACCGGUUUGCCCCCGACGUGAAAACGUAUAGCAUAUUGCUCGAGGGAUGGGGACGAGAGCCCAACCUUCCAAAGGCGAGAGAGAUUUACGCAAUGAUGGUCGCGGCAGGUUGUGGGCCCGAUAUAGUCACAUAUGGUAUUAUGGUUGAUAUCCUGUGCAAGGCUGGCCAGGUUGAGGAAGCAGUUAAAGUUGUCAAGGAGAUGGAGUUUGGGGGAUGUAAGCCAACUUCUUUUAUUUACAGCAUCUUAAUCCAUACUUAUGGUAUGUAUAACAGAAUUGAAGAUGCAAUUGAUACAUUCCAUGAAAUGCAAAGAAGCGGGGGUCCACGCUGAUGUGGCCAUUUAUAAUUCACUAAUAAGCGCUUUUUGUAAAGUGAAGAGGUAUGGGAACACUUAUAGGGUCCUAAACGAGAUGGACCAUAAAGGUGUGACCCCAAACUCAAGGACUUGUAACAUCAUUCUGAGCAGUUUAAUUGGUGAGGGGGAAACUGAUGAGGCUUUCAAAGUCUUCCGGAAGAUGAUCAAGAUAUGUGAUGCUGAUGUGGACACAUAUACCAUGAUGAUAAAAAUGUUUUGCGCGAGAAAGGAGCUUCUAAAGGCACGCAAAAUAUGGAAGCUUAUGAAGGAGAAGCAGGUUAUUCCCAGCAUGCACACUUUUUCUGUGCUUAUCAAUGGGAUAUGUGAUGACGGGGAUGCUCGCAGGGGUUGUAAAUUGAUGGAAGAGAUGAUUGAGAAAGGGAUUCGCCCCGACAGGGAGACGUUUGGAAAGCUAAGACAACUGCUCUUGAAGGAAAACAGAAAGGAUGUGCUCAAAUUUCUUCACGAGAAGAUGGAUCUUCUGGUCAAAGAGCCCUUAUGUGACUAAAAAUUGUGCUUAUUAUGUGACACAGCCGCCUGACUUUGUGGCAGUGACACUUUCACCCUCGUGUCAAUGCCAACUUCUCGUUGAAGGAAAAUAUUUCAGUAAGUGACAAACACAGUGAAAAUCUAGCCGCUGCUGUAACAGUCACAGUGACGCCUCAUAGGCACUAACGCUACAAACAUACACUAUACACCACAGUUUUACCCUGCCCCUACUAGAAUCACUACACAUUGCCGUAAAUUGUACUCAUCUCAAGAAACUAUAUCAACAUCGGCAACACGCAUACCUGAAACUCAUGAAAGGGAAUGUUGUGUGAUAGGAACUAUGGGAUAACGACAUCACAAGUGAAGUUGGCUCCAGUAUCACCUAUAGAGGCGAAAUAUACUAAAGUGAUUUACUUUAGUUUCUUGAGAUUAGGUUCUAUGUUUUCUUCAUUUUUCUUCUCUGCUUGUUUUGAGCCCUUAGCUCUUGAAUUUAAUGCACCAUAUUUAUAUCCAAAGGGUUACUUUUCAUUAUAUCCAAAUUAUGUGUGCAUGUUGUUAUGUGCACUUUUUUAUUAUUGGCCUCUACCAUAGGGGUAAUCU